GGAACUUAAAAAGUGUGACAUCCAGCGGAAGUAAACAAUACAAGAGUUAGCUGCAUGUUUUGAAUUCACGCGCCGCUAAUUAUUUGAUUUGUAAUUAAGCAACAAUGUCUUCAGUUGAGUGUUUGAGAGAGUUUGUCAUCGAGCGACUAACUGCUGCUGCUGAAGAAAUAUUCGGAGUUUUUAGAAAAACUAUCGUCGAGUACGAGAAAGAGAUCUGCCGUCAGCGCAGACUGCUGGAUAUCGUUUGGAAACCCGAAAUAAAGUUACACAGGAUAGAGCUCCCACAGCAACAUGUCUGUAAGGAGGAGGAGGUUCUCGCUGACCAGCAGCUCUGUAUUCAGGAGAGGAACUCCAGUCUGGACCAAGAGGACCCAGAGCCUCCACAGAUUAAAGAGGAACAGGAGGAACUCUGUAGCAGGCAGGAGGGAGAGCAGCUUGUACUGAAGCAGGAGACUGAUACCUUUAUGUUGACUCCUGCUUACGAGGAAAGUGACCGCAGUGAACCAGAACCGAAAAGUGACCACCAGCUCGUCUCUCACGGCUGUCAUGUAGCUGAGAGCCAAGAUCAGAAAGGAGGCAAGCAUGAAGACUCGGGAUCAACUAGAGAUGCAGAGCCAAAACAAAAGAAUCCAGAUCGCAAACGCAGAAGCCACAGUAACAAUGUACACAAGUCUACCAUGUCAGAGAUUCACCGUAAUCCUCACGCAGAGCUCCCACAGCAACAUGUCCGUAAGGAGGAGGAGGUUCUCGCUGACCAGCAGCUCUGUAUUCAGGAGAGGAACUCCAGUCUGGACCAAGAGGACCCAGAGCCUCCACAGAUUAAAGAGGAACAGGAGGGACUCUGUAGCAGGCAGGAGGGAGAGCAGCUUGUACUGAAGCAGGAGACUGAUACCUUUAUGUUGACUCCUGCUUACGAGGAAAGUGACCGCAGUGAACCAGAACCGAAAAGUGACCACCAGCUCGUCUCUCACGACUGUCAUGUAGCUGAGAGCCAAGAUCAGAAAGGAGGCAAGCAUGAAGACUCAGGAUCAACUAGAGAUGUAGAGCCAAAACAAAAGAAUCCAGAUCGCAAACGCAGAAGCCACAGUAACAAUGUACACAAGUCUACCAUGUCAGAGAUUCACCGUAAUCCUCACGCAGGUAAAAAGUCUUUAAAAUCUGACACAUUUGGAAAAGAUUUUAAGUACAAGUCAAGAUUGCAGAAACACCUGAGAACCCACACAGGUGAGAAGCCAUAUUCUUGCAGCAGCUGUGGAAAAAGAUUCAGUCAGACAUCAGAUUUGAAUGUUCAUAUGAGAAUCCAUACAGAUGAGAAGCCAUAUUCUUGCAAAACAUGUGGGAAAGAUUUCAGAGUUAGUGGUAACUUGAAUGUCCACAUGAGAACCCACACAGGUGAGAAGCCGUACCUUUGCAAGACCUGCGGGAAAAGAUUCAGACAAAUGUCAAAAUUGAAAAGGCAUAUAAGAAUCCACACAGGUGAGAAGCCAUAUUCUUGCAAAACAUGUGGGAAAGAUUUCAGAGAAAGUGGUCACUUGAAAGUCCACAUGAGAAUCCACACAGGUGAGAAGCCAUACCUUUGCAAGACCUGCGGGAAAAGAUUCGGUGACAUUUCAGCAUUGAAAAAACACAUGACAAUCCACACAGGUGAGAAGCCAUAUACUUGUGAAACAUGUGGGAAAGAUUUCAGAGUUACUGGUCACUUGAAAGUCCACAUGAGAAGAGCCCACACUGGUGAGAAGCCGUAUAUUUGCACGAUCUGUGGGAAAAGAUAUGUUGAUGCGUCUAGUUUGGCACAGCACAGCAGAUCACAUUCAGGCAAGUAGUCUUGUAUUUGCAAAAUAUGUGGGAGACGAUUCAGUUCUAGUGGUUUGUGGUGAAAACACCCAAGAACUCAGAAGUGAAGAGCCGUAUUAUUGCAGCACUUGUGGGAAAAGUUUUACUCAAAUCACAUACUUGAAAAAACACCUGAGGAUCAAUAUACACAGGAGACACCAUCGAGCUGAAGCUCCUGUGGAGACAAGUUCACCUAUGUAUGAAAUACAUUUUUCCAAUAUCUACAUCUAUCAACUGCAUUUAAAAUGUUUUCCAUAAAAUGAGACGUCAGUUUCUUAUUGUAAAGUUUUCCUUCAUAUGACUGUAUUAUUUAUAUUUCUGUUAGCAGCAGUAUUUCUUUGAAACAAUGGUAAUCUCCUAAAUGGAGGAUUUUUUUUUGUUUCACACUGAGUGCACAGUAGUGGCUGUUCAAGUCACGGUGUGUUCUUGAUUGUUGGUUUUGCCAAAUGUCCAUUUAUGAACCAUCUCGGAAUCAUUUUUAGUUUAAAGUUCAACAAGAUAACCAUAUUUACUAUGCUUUCAUAUACUUAUAAUAAUUUCAUAUCAACUUUUAUAUCUUUUAUUAUCUUUUAUAAGAUACCAUGUCUGUAUUAUUCACCUGAUUCAGUAUGUAUGGAUGGACCUGAAGGUUCCCCUGGUUAGCUGGAAGAACAGCUGGUGUCACUGUAACCAUAUUUUUCACUCUGACAGAGAGUGUACCCUUAUCACGUGGAUAAACUUGACUCAGUACUAUAUAAGCUGUGUCUGCCUUACCUCGGGGCAGAUUCUGGAUGGUACUUUGGUUCUACUCUGGGUCUGACCGUGUGUGUAAAUAAACCAGCCUUAACUAAUAA